ACGUGGGAAUUUGCUGAUGUAACCAGAAGUAAACAAGAAGCGCGUGUCCCGAAAAUGGAGACUUUAAGUGAAUUUAAGGCCUUUCUGCAGAAGGAUUCUCGGUUGGAUCUGAAAGCUGUGGCCCUUGCGCAUAUUUUGAGUCUCAGUGGCAAUGUUGACAGCCGGGAAUUGCUCUCCAAAUCUCCGGAUAUUCUAGGCUUGAUUCUGGAUUUGACAACAGACCCAACAGCAGCAAUCAGCAAAGAUGCCACCUUCACACUUGUGAACAUUUCAUCGGAAGAAAUUGGAGCAAAAACCCUUCUAAAAGAGUGUCCGGGGCUUCUUGAGAGGCUCUUCAGUGCAAUAUUCGACGAGAAGAACACAUUAGCAGAUGCAUGGUGCAUGAUCUUGUGCAAUAUGUCUCGCCAGGAAGCGCUCGUGGAGGAAAUCCUGCAAGAAUUCGACAAGGAUGUUGAGAAGAUGAACAGACUGGUAAUUUGUUUCACCAGAAAGGGCUUCAACAAAUCCGGAUGCAAUCUUCACUACAUCGGUCCGGCUUUCAGCAACUUUUCCCAGUGUUCCAAGGGAAGAGAAUUGCUGUGCGACAGAGAAAAGAUGUUCUUCCAGAGGAUUAUGCCCUUCGUGGAGUUCAAGGAUAGCGUGAUUCGUCGAGGAGGUGCUGUUGGGUUCCUGAAGAACAUCUGCUUCGACUCCACGCGGCACGACUGGCUGCUGAGUGAGGAGGUGAACGUCUUGCCAUACAUUCUGCUGCCACUCGCUGGACCGGAGGAGUUCGACGAGGAGGACAACGACAAGUUGCCCAUCGAGCUGCAAUACUUGAGCGCGGAUAAGGAGCGCGAGGACGAUCCGGAUAUCAGGAAGAUGCUGCUGGAGUGUCUGUUGCAGUUGUGCGCCACUCGCAAGGGGCGCGAAUUCCUGCGGCAGAAGGGCACUUAUGAGAUCCUGCGCGAGCUGCACAAGUGGGAAGUGAAGCAGGGCGACGAGAGUAGGCAAACAGUGCUUGCGUGCGAGAACGUCGUCGAUGUGCUGAUAAGGACGGAAGAUGAGAUCGGUGAGGAUAAUUUGAAGCACGUGGAAAUACCUGAAGAGGUGAACAAGCAGCUGGAGAAGUUGGAUGUGCUCAAUGAUGAGAAUGUGCCACAAUGA